CGUGCUGGCGGAGAAAGGAAUGGAGAUCAUUACCUCCUUCACCUCCCUGCCAAUAGCGGGCCUCAAGUAUAUGGGGAGAAGCGGAGCCUACGCUGUUACCCUCCAGGUCUGGGCCGUACCUAUUUCUCCCACAUCUUCCUUCCCCAGCAUUGUUCUGAGAAGGAGUCCAUGGGCACACUAACCACCCAGGAGGUCCAUGUUUCAACAACAUUCGCCACUCUCCCACGUCAUUAUUUGGAAGUGUGUGAAAGUUCCGGUCGGAAUUACAAUCCUUUUGUAUAUGAAGUACUCCAGCUCCUAGAAAAAGAACAUAGAAAAACUAAUAAAGGAUUUAAAGAUGAAAUCACAGUAAAAAUAGCUGGUAAUAACCGCUUAAUACCAGUACAGAGACUCACCGAUGACGAUUUUGAAAUGCUUAUCGAUACCAUAAAACCAUAUAACGAUGUUACAGGUUUGGACGUUAGAUACAACCUUUUAACUGAUGAUGGAAUGAACCAUGUUGCAGAACUCCUUGAGGAAGUCCGAAGUCUCACUUACCUCAAUCUUACGUUUAACGACAUCACAGCUGACGGGGCAAAAGUGAUCGCCAAAGCACUCCAUAGAAACAGAACUCUCAAACACCUAAGACUAACUGGGAACAAGAUUGGUAAUAAAGGUGGAAUGUUUUUUGCCACAAUGCUCCAGAUUAACUCAUCAUUAGAGAAGUUAGAUUUGGGAGACUGUGAUCUGGGGAUGCAGAGUUUGAUAGCAAUAGCAACUGUGCUAAUUAAAAACCAAUCAAUUAAAGGGAUAAACUUAAACCGCCCUAUCCUGAAGAGUGAAGAGGAAGCGUCAACCUUCCAUAUGAGCAACACACUGCAAAUUAACUCAACCCUUAUUGAGCUACAUGUGUGUAAGCAUGACAUGAAAGAUUUUGGCAUGCAGCAGCUGUGUGAAGCCCUUUAUCUAAACACUGCUCUACGUUACCUGGAUGUCAGCUGCAACAGAAUAACUCGUGAUGCAAUGAAAUAUUUGGGAGAACUACUGAAAAGGAAUGACGUAUUGGAAGUGAUAGAUCUUUCUUCAAACAGCAUCGAAGAUGAGGGUUCCAUGUAUCUGACCGAAGCCUUGGCUUUUUAUAACACAAGUCUGAAAGCGUUAUCUAUAGUAAGCAAUAACAUAACUGGAAAGGGACUUACUGCUUUUUCAGAAUCAAUGAAAACAAAUACCACACUUACUAAUAUUUACAUCUGGGGAAACAAACUUGAUAGUGAAACGUGUGUGGCAUUUUCAAACUUAAUAACAUCGGGUCGUCUAAAAAAAGAGAAUACAGACGUGGAGCCCUAUGAAGUUGAUGGCUGUGUAUAUCUUGCUGAGCUGUCUCACGGCAUUAAAAAACAUUAUUACUGGACACCCACUUAUGGAGAAAUCGAAGGUCCUUCAACCGAUGCAGGCUUUGCUAUUGUGCAAUCAGCCAAAAACCUAUGAAAACAAGUUUCUAACUUUGAUCCCUGUCACCUUUGUGACUUCAUCCCCAUAUUCACUUACCUUACUGAAAUGCUGUUUCUUCAAAACCCACGUCCAUGAAACCUUUCCCCAUCCAUCUCCAGCCCACAAGCGCUCUCUCCCUCCUAACUCUGUUAGAGCACUGGCUCUCCUGUGCCCCA